GGGCUCAACAGCAUUAGCUUUGCAGUGUCCACUGGGCCUGGCAAUAACCAGGAGGACGGUUGCAGGUGCGGAGUUGCUCCCAACAUAGAGGAGGCUCCAAAGGGGAUGUCGAGGUCCAGGUCAUGCCUUUUGGGCUUGGCCUUAAUGGCCACCACUUUGGCCCUGGCCGGCGUCACCUUCCUGAGCCCGUGGUCACCCGCCAAAACCUCUCCGACGGAUCGCAAGCAGCGGUCGGAUCGCUCAUUGCGAGGAGAUUGGGCGGCGCAGGAGGCGUGGGUGGAAGAGGAAACCAUCCCCUUGUCUCAGAAGGCUUGGGCGCUCUCCCUGGUGGCUGCUCUUUUGGUGGCCUUCGUAGGGCCUCAGGUGGAGCUGGGCUCAAGCAGCUUGGGGCCUGCCGCGGCCUACGCACGGUCCAGUGGCACCAGUGGUUCUGGAAGUCGGGUCAACAAGGACCCUGUGUCGUUGCUUCAAUAUGCCUUGCCGCUCGAAGAGACUUGCGGCGAGGAUAAGGUGAAGCCUAUUCGUGAGUUGCAGGCGAAUGUGGAAGAGGCGCGGCUCUUCGUGACACAGCGGAUCUUCGAUAAAGCGCGAGGUGACGUCACUGGGGCGCUGAAGCAGAUCGCCGAGCGGAAGAAGGAGCUGUUGACGCCCGUGGUGGCGGACCGGAAGGCGAGCGUCGAGGGACUCUUGACCCAGCUUGGCACCACCUUAGAUCAGAUCCUCGAGGAGAUUGGUGGAGCAGAGUAUGGAGGCACAGGAACUCCCUAUCAGGCAGACAUGGUGGAAAAGUGCUUGAAGAGCGCAGAUCAAGCACAGGAAAUCAUCGGACAGGUGGAGGAGAUGAUGCUGCCGGCAGGUUUUACCUCCAAGGUGCCGUCGGAGUACUCGAACCUGCCCCGGCUGGAUGGCCGAGCAGUGGUGGAGUUCACCCUGGUCCGAGGACCGGAGGCCGGCACCAAAGUGUACUCGGUGGAUUCCGAUCUGUACAACGAGGCCAAGUUUAAAUUGACUGUGGAUGGCUAUGCCGCUCCUUUAUCCGCCGGGAACUUCGUGGACCUGGUGCAGCGGGGCUUCUACACCGGGAUGGACAUCCAACGGGCGGAUGGCUUCAUUAUCCAGACGGGCGACCCCGGCCCGGAGAAGGGUGGCGGCUUUCAACCCACCCCCGGUGGACCUGUGCGGCAGAUCCCGCUGGAAGUGGGCAUCCGUGGCCGGCCCGAGACCUUGUACGGGGAGACCGUGGAUGAAGCGCGCCUCGUGGGGAAACCAGUGAAGAUCCCCUUUCAGGCCGAUGGCACGGCGGCCUUGGCGCGCCGGGAGUUCGACAACGACUCCGCCUCAUCUCAGGUCUUUUUCUUCCUUUUCGAGUCGGACAUGACCCCUGCGGGGAAGAACCUCUUCGAUGGCCGCUACGGCUCCUUCGGCUACGUCACAGAAGGCGCUGCCUUCCUGCGGAAGAUCAAGCAGGGCGACAUCAUCAAGGAGCUCAAGGUGAUUUCGGGCGCAGAGAAUCUGAAACAGUCCACCUGAGCGGCGGAGAAUCCGCUGGGGCGAUGGCGCGGGCGGAGAAGCGUCGCGGGCGAUGCGGGUCCUGGGCGGUGGAAGGUGAAACAACUCGGGCGAUGGAUCACUGUGCUUGGCUCUUCAGACGUUGCUUCGUUCUUGUACAGAUCUACACUUCCGGUGACGCUCCGGCAGCGGCCGAACGCCGUCUUGAGACGCGACCGAGAGGGAGGUCCACGCGCUUCGCCCUGCGUGCUGCACCGGGUCCGAUGCCCGGCGCAUCGGUGGGACAUCCAAUUGGUUCAAUUAAAGAUGGACGGUUGGGCUACGAGGUGCGGAAAUCUCAGCGGUG